GAACGCCCCAUCGUGCUCCUCAUUGUGCAGCUGAGGAAACGUCGCAAGGUUCCGCCGACGUUGGUAUGAAAUGGCAGAAACUGCUUGUGUCACCGAAGCGCAAAGAUUAGGUUACGCCGAAGCCACACAUGUAUGUUGCCGGGACCCCGGCCUGUUAGUUUGAGCGCCUCCCAAGAAGGAUUGAAGUGUUUUUUUGGUUUUUUUUUGUCUCCAAAAACCGCCCAGGUUUUGUCUCCGGCGGGCAGAGAACGGCGACUGCGGGUCGACACUGUUGGAAUUAUCCGGAGAGUGUUGAGCAUAAUCCUCCACUUGGAUGCUCAGUCACAGUCCAAGGCGAAACAAUGAACCGGAACAAGCGUGAAAAGGAGUACUACAGUAUAGAUGUGGGUGACUCAACUUUUAUGGUUUUAAAGCGCUACCAGAACCUCAGACCCAUUGGAUCCGGAGCACAGGGAAUUGUCUGUUCGGCUUACGACCACAACUUGGAGAGGAACGUCGCCAUCAAGAAGCUGAGCAGACCCUUUCAGAAUCAAACUCAUGCAAAACGAGCCUACAGAGAACUGGUGCUUAUGAAAUGUGUCAACCACAAGAAUAUAAUCGGUCUAUUAAAUGUAUUCACUCCACAGAAGACACUCGAGGAGUUCCAAGAUGUAUAUCUCGUUAUGGAGUUGAUGGAUGCCAACCUCUGCCAGGUGAUUCAGAUGGAGCUGGACCACGAGAGGCUGUCCUACUUGCUCUACCAGAUGCUGUGUGGAAUCAAACACUUGCAUGCCGCUGGAAUCAUUCAUAGGGACCUGAAGCCAAGUAACAUAGUGGUCAAGUCAGACUGCACACUUAAGAUCCUGGACUUUGGCCUGGCCAGGACAGCUGCCACGGGACUCCUCAUGACGCCCUAUGUGGUCACCCGCUACUACCGUGCCCCUGAAGUCAUCCUGGGCAUGGGCUACCAGGCUAACGUUGAUGUCUGGUCUGUUGGCUGCAUCAUGGCUGAAAUGGUCCGGGGUAGUGUGUUGUUUCCAGGCACUGAUCAUAUUGACCAGUGGAACAAGGUGAUAGAGCAGUUGGGGACGCCGUCUCAGGAGUUCCUGAUGAAGCUCAACCAAUCGGUGAGGACCUACGUGGAGAACCGACCGCGGUAUGCCGGCUACAGCUUCGAGAAGCUCUUCCCUGACGUUCUGUUUCCGGCAGACUCUGAACACAACAAACUGAAAGCAAGUCAAGCCAGAGACCUGCUGUCAAAAAUGCUGGUAAUAGAUGCUUCAAAACGGAUCUCCGUGGACGAGGCCCUCCAGCACUCUUAUAUCAACGUCUGGUAUGACCCCACUGAAGUGGAGGCACCACCACCAGCGAUCACCGACAAGCAGCUGGAUGAGCGGGAGCACACGGUGGAGGAGUGGAAAGAGUUAAUAUACAAAGAAGUCUUGGACUGGGAGGAAAGGACAAAAAAUGGUGUCAUCAGAGGACAGCCAGCGUCCAUAGCACAGGUGCAACAGUGAGCAGCGACCCCCCGCAGCAGCACCAGCACUCCCCCGCCCAUGUCGCCUCCACGUCCACAGACGCCGAAACGGGUGGCCGCAGGUGAUCAUCUCGUAAAACACCUCCUCUUGCUCUUGACUGUCUUCAAAAGACAGAUCUUUUUUUUUUUUUUUAAAUGUUCAUUUGAGUAAACGAUCUCAAGGUAAGAGAUGGUUUGAAUGAUUUCACUACGGCGUGGUUUGUAACAACUUGACUGUGACGACCUAAACGUGUUUUCAUGUGGAAAGCCUGUAAGCUACUGCUCUGACAAGGUGUCACGUAAACAUCCAGUGACUUUGUACAGUUUUGACACUAGAUAGUCGGUAGUUAAUUGACACGCCGCUCGUCUGUCUUUCAACAAUGAUUCAAGGGUUUAGACACGUUGUUUCGAUUAAGUGGAACCUCCAAAGUCAAAAACAAUAAUGUCCAUUGCACUGCUUGGCUUCCAAGUUGUUCUCAUUUCAAAACAAUUUCCCCCCUAGAAAAUCAUGUCAACAUAAUCAAAUUGUUCUCGCCCUAGUGGAUAGACAAUCUUUAAAUAGUGUUCAGCACUGUAUAAUAAAACUAUAAUAAAGUAAAACUCCUUUUGGCCACCCUCAGGAAGGUGUUUGCAGAGCAAUACUGUCAUUUAGUGGACUUUUUCUACAUAUUGCUGGAAGUAGGAAGUGUUGUGUUCCCCUGCAUAUUUGUUAUUCACAGAUUUUUUGUUGUUGUUCGUUAUAUUUUGGGUGAGCCUAUCCUCUGUUAUUCGCUGAGAACUCACCCAUUUACUGUUUUUGUGCUCAGGCCAAAGCAAUCAAAGUAUUUCUUUGGCCAUCUUGUGAAAUCUUAGUUCCAAGGAACUAUGUUGAAGUGAGUUGAGAAGCUUCAUUUAGAUAAAAGUAAUGGUUCGUGGAUUCUCACUAUUUGCGCCAGGGCUCGGUCUGUCCCGACACUGUAUUUACAUUAGCAUCUGCUUGGUAAGAUGUAAUUGUGUAUGUAAUUCAAUUUGAAUUACGUGUAUUGCUUAUUGUACCGAGCAGCCACACUAUUUCCCCAUGUUGCGCUCUCUAUGCAAAAAAACCUUUUGCCCUCAUCACAAAAAAGCUAAAGAAAAAGCAAAACACAUCCUGGGAGAUGCUCACCGAGUCAGUCUUACAAGGUUUUCUGACUUCACAGGCGUAUUUUCCCAGAUUAUUGUUCCAUUUUGGAGGUUCCACUGUAUAUGAAUGGAGGGUGUGAAGAUGGGUCUAGAGUGAGAAUGGUGGAAGUGUUGCACGUAAGAAUGUUUCCGUUGACAGGUUUUCAGGGUUUAGAACGUGUGACGAUACGUGUAUUUUUUCCCUUUUUUUUUUUUUUUUUGAUGAGAAAGUGGAGAGUUAAAAAACAAAAAACAUCCCAUCAUUAGUAACUUUUAAUACUGUUGUGUGUUCAUGAUGUCCCUUCGGACGGCUGCGGUUAAAAAGAAACCAAGAAAGUUGCAUGUUUAAACAGCAGCACACACAAAAAGAAAUAGAAGAAAUGACUCUUACGUUAUGCAAUAAUGUUGUCCUUUGAAGUGUUUGUACUCAAGAGAAAAGUGCCUGUUGUACUGUAACAAGUCAUUUGUGUUGUUUUGAAGGCAUCUGGACAGAUAACAGUAGUUUCCAUAGAGAACCACUACUCUGUGAAAAAAAUGCAUUUGUAUAUUUUUCUACUUUUUUUCAUUUUGAACCUCUAGGGACACCAUAGGUGACAAUGUUUUCUGAGGCAGGGCAGUGUCACCAAGGUCUUUCAUCAAAGUUUAACAAUCAGCAUUACAACGGGCUCCCUUUACUUUCUCCAUGUAGUGCUACACUACAUUGAAGAGAGACGAGAUUGCUCUUAUGAUAUUAGCAGGGGGGAAAAAAACGGAUGCUGGAAUAGUUUGCUUAGCUAAACAAGCGAGGAUGUUUUCACGUGGAGCCGUGUCCAUAUCUUUUAUUAUUUUAUAUUGUUAAUAUUUUUUAUUUUGGAAAGGUGCAGUACACAUGAUAGAAAAGAGUCGUCUCCUCUAGUACGUACAUAGCUAGUUCCUGUACGCUGCUUUGGCAACGUGGUCAGUUCUGUUAAUAUGUCAAGAACUACUGUAUGAUGGCUCCUUUAAAUAAAAAAAAUAAAAAAUAAAAAAAAAAGAAUAAAUACAAAUCUGAACUUUACUUUGGCUUCUACCAGCAAACUGUUUAUGGUUGAAGAGCAAGUAGAAUAAGUCUUGCGAUUUACAAUAAAACAACAGAUCACCAGCAUGUCUACAAAUUCUUUUUUCCAUUCCAAAAAAUAAAAAAUUCAUUUACCAUGUUAAAAAAAAGUUUUUUUUAAUAUACAUUUUUAUCUAACCUCCCCAAAAUGUUCAUAGUUUUUUAAUACAUGAAAAAAACCAAAUUAAAAAUAGACAUAAGUCUCAAUCAAAUAGAAUAUGGUAGAAAAGUUCUUUCAUAUCGAUAGUUCAAUUCAAACAGUUAACGUACACAUUAUAUGGAUACAUUUAAAAACAUACAUUUCACAAGGCCAGUUGCUACCUAAAAAAAACCCCCAAAAAAAUUUAUGUACCGCAUUUUCACAACCAGAAGGCGCACCGUAUUAAAAGGCACAGUCUCAGUUACGGGGUCUAUUUCUGUAUUUAACACGUACAUAAGGGGCACCGCAUUAUUGGGCGCAGGCAUAGUAAAACAUACGCUAGCUUAAAACAUACGGUAGCAUGCAUGCACGCUAAAACGUGCUAGCGUAUGUUUUUAAAAAGGCAGCGGCAGCAAAACUGAGUUUGGUUGUACUUUAUUGAAGUAUUUAACAAUGUACUCGCAUUAUUUUUCCUCAUCCACAAAUCCAUCAAAGUCCUCCUCUUCUCUAUCCGAAAUGAACAUCUAGGCAAGUUCUCCAUCAAACAUGCCGGGUUCCCUCUCGUACUCGUCGGAGUCAGUCUCGUUGCCGCGGGGCUGUUCAGCAAUGACGCUUCUCCCGACUGUUCUUUGCUCAUUAAUCCAUUGCUCGAGUUGGUCUUCCAACUCGGGCCACCUCGCCUUGUUUCCACGGAAACUCAGCUUCGUCUUCUUGACUUGGCGAAGCUCGUUUUCCUGCUUCCUCCAGGAUAGCUUGCAGUUUAAACUGUACUUCGUAAGCGUGUCUCUUCGUAGGUGCCAUUUUCGGCGGUCCUUAGCCUAACCGAUGUUGUGCACAUACCGGCACUGUAUACCUACUGGGAGCGUGCCUUUAGCGGCCUCCUUCACGUGCACCCUUCCCGCUUUAACGUCCACAUGCUGUCCUCAGUCACGUCCGCCUUUCCUCUAUAUAAGCAGCCUGUCGGCAGGAAAUGCUCCCAGUCAGUCAAGCGGAGCGCUCAUCAAAGUCACACAACAACAUUUACAGAUUUUGGAACUUGGUGCACACGUAAGGCGCGCCGCUUUCCAAGGCGCCCAGAGAAAAUUUUAACACUUUUAAGUGCUCCUUGUGGUCGUGAAAAUACGGUAAUGAUAUUUUUUGAGAUGGUGACUUUUGGGUGUGCAUCAGCUGUAAGCUACCAUCAAAAGUAUACAAAAAAAAUAGGAGUAAAAUAAUGAAAUAGUUUUGAAUUAAACUACUGAAAUAAACGACAUAUUCCACAAUAUUCUGUAUAAAAUGAAUACAAUUGGCGAUGCAUCCCUUACAUACAUGCAUUUGGACAGCAUAUUAGUCAACUGUCCCUUGUAACAGCCCCUUAUACAUUAGCUUAGUCAAGCAUUACUAAUACUGUACAGGAGGUCUUAUUAGUUUUGCGACAGUUCUGUUCCUAUGGUACCGACGUUACCUGAAUUUAUGCAUACUAGCUUCAUUAACCUACAUUAAUGCUGCAGUUAAGUCAAAAUUCCAGUAAAUAUUUUUUCUGAAAAACACUUCUAGGUCAAACAUAAAAUAAUCAAACAAAGAACAAAGUUUUCCCUAUUUCAACUCCGAACAGUUUAAAUGGUGCAACCCAAAUUAAAGUCCAGAUGUUUGAGGUGUAAUCUGUGCUGUAAUGUGCUUGGCUUUAAUAUUUCACCUCAAGCAGGGCAGGAAGGUUUUUUUUCCUUCUUUUUUUCCUCCCCCUUUCCUCCCUGAAAACAAAUCAUUAUUAUUUUGAAAGUGCUCUUAAUUUUCCCCAUGCAGCUUUUGACUUGCAAUCCAAUCGGGUCUCUGGUCUCAGCUUUUUCCGAAUCACUUAUCUGUCUGCUUUGAUGAACUACCUCACGCUGAAUUUCUGCCACUUUUUGCGUCGUCGUCGCUCGCCUGCAUGACAAGACAUGUGAAUAACAAAUUCCAUUAUUAUUUAUUUAUUUGACUGAGGGGGGAAAAAAAGGUGUACUGUGUCGCUUUCAACAGAUUUUGUACAUAAUGUAAAGUUCACCUACCAGUGAGAGGAGAAUCCUAUGUAUUUUCUUCGUUGUUGUUGUUUUCAAACUUAAAUGUGCAAUACCUUCAGCAAAGUGGGCUCUGUUCGCAUCACCUGAAGGUACUCAAAAGUGUUGGUACUGUCAAUCCCCCCUUUUUUUUUGUAUGAACAAGAUCAAUUUUAAGUCUUCAGCCUUACCUGCCUGACAGAUUUUAGGCUGCGGUAAGACCAAUAAUGUUAAUAAUAAUCAUAUAUGUAUGCCGCUGGUUUGGACUUGUUUGUGAGUGACUCCAGCCAAGAAAGCAAAGUAGGCCCAAGAAUUCCCAAGUAGAAAAACAUGCACCGGGAUCUCAUGAUGCCUCCGCUUCAACUCAAUACAAUGGAAGAACAAAACAAUGUGUACUUCAAAUAAAAAGAAUACACUUUGA